ACCCUCUUCUCGUCCCACAGUACUCACACUGUAGUAGAGAUCGAAGGCGCCACCAUUGAACUCCAAAAGAUCUUCCAGGAAGAUGAGGCGCUUGUAAAACUCUACUGUCAGGCUUUGGAAGAUACAGCCAUCGGGCCUGAGAGGCUGCUUCGAAACGUGCGUCGGCUGUUGAAGAGACUAGGGCAGGAUUUGAAGACCGAGGCAGUCAAGGAGCUAGAGAUUCUGACUUCCCGGUUCGUGUCCAUGAAAGCCACGUAUGUGGCGCACAGUAUCGUGGAAGAGUUCCACAACAAGCCCUUACCCACAGGGUCUGCUCGACUUAGCAAGGAGCACGAGAGCGAUAGCGAACCCAACGAUGACUUGGAGCACGUGCAACCGAUAGACGAGGAUCGGUUUGAGGAUCUAGCGGUCCUUCGAACUUUCCUGCUUGAAAGUGCAGCGUUCCAGACAUUUCGUGAGCGCCUUGCUGCUUUUGUUUUACCGAAAGAUCGAAUCAGCGUUUCUCAGAAUGUGAGCGAGAACAUGGAAGGGAACGCACCAUAUCUGGACACUUGGUAUCCUCCGAAAAAAUUCAAUGCUACUUGGAAGAGACUCCUGGUUGCUGCGGGACUGUUGGAGCCAGUCUUGCAGCCCGGAAUGGUUCGUAUCAGGUGGCGAUGUGAGUGCGGGGACCAACUAUUUGACGACGUACAAGAGUACCGAGAAGGCGGCAUCUCUAAGCUUACUGACCAGGUGCGACGCUCCGGCGCUAGUUAUGUUACUGCUACACCUUACCGUGAAGGAACCUCGAAUCAACACUACACAUUCCAGCCCCUCAAUAGAAUUCGGAAAGCCUUCACCACUGUCGUCAACAGCUUUCAACCAGCAACACAGCCUAUUGACACUCUGCCACUGCACAACGUUUCCGAUGCGACGUCCCCACUUAGCUCAACAGUCCCAGUCUCAUCGAGUGAACCAGAUGCUGUGCUCAUGGUAUGUAUGCACAAGCAUGAAGGCGGUAAAGGUUUACGCCAGAUAUACAUUAGCUCGAUCAAGGACUCACGCCAACUCUUCCACCUCGUCCGUCGCGAGUAUCGGCUCACACGUGAAACACACCGGCUUUCGCGCCACCUGAAACAAUUCAUUCUGCGCUUCCAAGACGACGUUGAACCGCGUCUUCACACACCGUGUUGCAAUCACGCGUGCCAGUGCAUCCCAACAGUCCAUCAGUACGAGUAUGCCUGCACACCCAAAGGACCCCCCGAUUUCGGCCCCCCGAUCCUGCCAUCACAGCUGCUGCAUUACUCCACACAUCCGGAGCUGAUCGCCGCGAACGAGACCACGGUGCUUGACCAGAUGCCGAAGCGCAUGUGCGGCGAGCUCGAAGCCACGGGCCACCUGCUGACUGAAGGCUGGGGCCUGUACUAUGAAGAAGACUGGAACACGAGCUUGAUUCUUGUUGUGGUUACGAGCGUCAUUGUACUUGCGAGUUUGCUGUUCGGCAUCUGUUGGACGGUGGUGCGGUCUGAUAUUCAAGGGGCGUGGGGCGUUAGCUCGUACAUGGUUACGACAGGAGCUCUGAUUCUUGCACUGCUUAGUGUUAUCAGCCGUGCGACAAGUAGAUAA